GAGGAGAAGACAAUUGCAACUUUCACAAUCUCUUUCAGACGGACAGAAAACAAUCAUAAAUGUAAUCUCUCGUGCUGAAAGUAACAGGAAGUUAAUUCUAAGCCCUGGAGCUUGCAGAAGAGGGAGUAUGGUGAAUCUGCAACUGCCUUUGGAUAUUUGAUGUCUGGUAUGGGGCUUGGAGAGUCUGACUGUGUUCCCCAGAAGUUUUCUGUUCAGUCCUUGGGGAGCGGUACCCAACUUUUAGCAAGAGGACUCAGCAGGAUGCACAGGAGUUUCUGUGUGCUGAAUGAGCUCCAUGAGGCUCUCAAGAAGUCAAGCAAAAGAAGAUGCAUAACUGGUGCAAAAGAAAACAGAGGGCUUGGGCCUGCCAGUGAAACAUCUCUUAUCAUGCAGUCAUUUGAGGGACAAAUGAGUUACGAUAUUACAUGUAUUACAUGUCUAGAAUGCAAGACUUCCACUGAUAAACCUGAGAUCUUCACUGCCCUUUCCUUGCCCGUUCCUUCUGAGGGCACAUGCUCUCUGCAGAACCACUCUGGUUUUCUGGAUGGUGGCCACUACACAGCAUUCUGCAAGCACUCAGUCACCGAAAACUGGUACAGCUUUGAUUCACAGAUCACCAAGAUCCCAAAUUCCUCAGUGCAGACUGACAGCGCUUAUCUCCUAUUCUACACCUGUCAGGCCUUUUCUGCACCCAAAGAAAGCAACAAGUCAUGAAAAAGCAACAACAGUGAGUACAUCUGCAAUUAGAAUUCAUUGGCAGCAUCAGCUAAAUUCUGUUUCAUCAAUAAACCAGAGCAUUCGUGUUACCUGAUCUGCUUGUGGUAUUGCAGGAAAUAAUUUCUAGAGAGAGGGCUGGAGUUAGAGCUUCCAAGCCUGUUAUGGAAAGCACAUCCACUGUGUCUAAUGUUUGUUUUUCAAGACAAACUUCAUAGAUCCCUCAAAAUAUCAGAAAUGCUGAGCAUACAGAUUUGCUUACCUGAAAAUUCCUGUUUCUCUGUUGGUUAUAUAUGCAUGUAGACAGAUAAAAACUCAGACUGUAAGAUUCAAGAUUUUUGAAUGCCAACCCAAUCAGGAAAGGAAAACUAACCCAAAUCCAAACCACGGAGAUGCACAAAAUUCAGCUAAAACAAUUUC